AUGCAGGUACUUCCUGAUAUACCGUUAUAUGGUCCAAUAACGCUCAUUCGAAUUGACAGUAUUUUGAAGGAGCAUGAAAGACUGUAUGGCAAUGGCGUAGACAUCAGUACGAUUCCGGAUCUGGAUCCUUUUGAUAUGACGGAUUUUUACAAAACGAAAGAAAGUAUUCGGGUAAUCAGUAUGUCGUUGCCCAUCCCUAAACCGUACGAAUAUGAGCGAAGAAGAAUGUUAUCCAGGGCUGCUGCACCGCCAUCUGCUCAAAAUGUAUCACAAGGAGAUGGAUUAAUGUUGACACGAGAUGAAAUAAGAUUCAUCACCGAAAAUUUGGAAAAAAUGUGGGCAGAGCGAGCAAUGGUUACUACUGCAUCUCCUAGUGGCGCGCGGCCACGUAACGAGUGA